AAUGGUUGAUAAUUACACAGUGACGGAAAAAAAAAAUUGUAGAAGAAAAUCUAACAACUAUCAUACUUUUCCAUUUGUCUAGUGAAAUAACCAACGUUCCUUGUGGCCUAUUCUUUUAGCAAGUAUUAUGCGAGUAUACAUAGAGAUCUUUUACCCACAAUGUAUCUAUUUUUCAUGUGUGCAAAUAGUAAGUAAUAAACGCGCAAUAAUCGAGUGUGAUUACUAGAAGAGAAAUAUCAGUGUACAAAAUAUUGUCUCCACAGGUCAAAUGAGAGUACAUCUCUUCCUAUAUUUUUUUCUUUUACUGAUCAUGAUCUGCAUUGAUACGGAUGCUGCAAAAGGUGGAGGUGCAAGAGGAGGUCGAGGACGCGGAAGAGGAAGGUUGUACGGAUCCCGAAUGCCAAUUUUAAUUCCACAUAGAAAUCCUGCUAGUGCAAAAUAUUAUGAAAACAAAGACGGUGCCAAAAUAGUUAAAGCAUCGCACUUUGAAUUAGAGUACAUGCUUGGAAGAAAAAUUACCUUCUUCUGUAUGGCUAGAGGGUACCCAAGACCUGAGAUUACAUGGUUCAAAGAUGGCAUCGAGCUGUAUCAUCAUAAGUUUUUCCAGGUGCAUGAAUGGCCUCUUGGCAACGACACGGUUAAAUCAAAAAUGGAAAUCGACCCGGCUACGCAAAAAGAUGCCGGAUAUUAUGAGUGCCAAGCUGACAAUCAAUAUUCAGUUGACAGACGUGGCUUCAGAACGGAUUAUGUUAUGAUCUCUUAUUAAUCAUUCCUUGAAAUCGAGUUAUAUCGAUUCAAACUAUCAACACAAGACAACCAACUCCAUUUCAACCGAA